UGGUUUCGCGCAGUGUACGUAGAUCGUUCAUCCAUUUACAAACAUUAUAAAUUAUUUAGUUUGUUAUUGAAUUAAUUGGUAAAAUGUUCGGGCGGAUUUAUCCGCUGGCAGUGUUACUGGUAUUUGCUGAUGUUGUUGUAAAAGCAACAUGCCAAGAGAAAGACUAUACUAUAGUCAUAAGUGCAAAUGAAUUGAUGAGGAACGUUAUAAAUAUAAUAAAAAAUAACAUAAAAUAUUCCUUUUCUGAUACCGACAACAUAGUGCUCGUCACAUUCCACGACACAGAUGCACGUGUGAAAAAGGUAGCCAAUAUUGAUGCAUUACGAAGAGCAUUGGAUGAUGUUUACUAUGAGAGUACCUACCGUCGUAUAAAUUGUCUAGAAUCAUCUAUGAAUGCACUGAUUACAGCAUUGCAAGCAAGUAAUAGUAAUUCCCAUAUAUUAGUGUUCGCCAAUACUCUACCCGAGGAUAGCGAGAAGGUUGACAUUGUCAAAGAAUUGUGUCAGAAAAAGCAAACUCAGAUUUCGUUUGUGGUCACAGAAAAAAAUUGUACAAGAUACAGUUCAAUUAAUAAUAAAAAUGAAUAUAGCAAAAUAGCCCAGGCGUGUUCAGGAAUGGUUUAUGAAGUAGAAGAAGAUGAAUUAGUUAAAACAAAGGCCAAUGUAUUUCAUCAUAUAGGUUCACCUAGGACGUAUACGAUAUACGACAGAAAUAUUGUAAUCAGUGCGACGACUGUUCCAGCCGGUGUUUGGAAAAAUAUUCCGUUCGAAUUAGAUGAACUAAUGCGACAUUAUGUCGUUGUCUACGCGUCAGGUAAUAAAGUAAGUUUCUCCGUGAGUUCUGGAGCGAGCGAAAGCGAAGACAUACUGUAUCCUAAUGCUAAAGUAACAAAGUAUAAUUUGGAUCCAGGCAAGCACACCCUUACCGUGAAAGGGGAAUCAGAGACAUAUGUUGUCAUAAGGAGCCGAACUCACUUCUCCUUCAAAUAUGGUUUCUCGGAGUUGAAACCGGCGUCCUUUGACGACACGUCUCCCCAAAUAUCAUCUGAUAUAGAUGUCUAUUUCUUGUCAGUAUUGGUAAAUGAUAAAGACGAAAUAGUGGAAAUAACAACAGCACAGAUCUUAGGAAUGGACGAUAAGCCACUCAUGCCACAUCUUCCUUUGAUCAAAAUUUCUAAAGAUUUUUACGUUACCCAGCCUGUAGUUGCACCAAAAGAUAUGUUUAAAGUAGCGCUGCACGGGAGAGUGAAAAGAACGGGUCACAAUAUAAGGCGUUUCGCAAACUUUCCUGUCACACCCUCGAAGCCAAUAAGUAAAAAACCACGACUAGAAAAAACAAAUGAUCAAGUACCUAAAGUGGUGAUUGCUGAAGGCAAUGAAACGUCUGUAGAGUACCGCACUUCCUUGACUUUAACUUGCAAAGUGACAGCACAUCCCAAACCAACCAUAACUUGGCACAACAAUAACGGAGAUAAAAUGCCUUCCAAAAGUCCCACGAUUGAUAAACCGCCUGACUACAUAAGUUACCUGGAGAUUGCCGAGGCAGUAAACGAUACGUACAUGUGCCGUGCAGUUAAUAAAGCUGGAACGAUUAAUGCACAAAUUAAGGUGCACGCAAAAUAUCCAUUUACCAUCAAUAAUACUGUACAAAAUUUAAAUGUGGAAUAUGGCAAGUCGAAAGUCUUAAAAUGUGGCGUCAAGUCGACACUUCCUGUAAAAAUCACAUGGUUCCUUAUAAAUCAAAUUUCUGGAAGGAAAAGAAAAAUAAUAAAUUCUGACGACUUCUCAAUAUCAGAAGACAAAACUGAAGUAACAAUAAAGAAAAUGCAUAUGGAUAUAGUUGGAAAAUAUGCCUGCCACGUUGCUUUAAUACCAUAUCACAAAAAAUAUAUAGCGGAUUGGAGUGUAAACGUUCAAAUAACUGGUUUGACUAAUCCUAAAGUACAUAUGCCAGAAAAGGUGAAAACGGUUAGGGGUGUGACCGCCGUCUUAGAAUGCAACGCGACUGGUGUACCAAAACCAACCAUUGAAUGGCAUUUUGGAAACAAAUCUGGUUCGAUGUUUGAACCACUGGGUGAAACUAAUGCUGUGCUACGUAUUAAAAAUGUAGAAGCCAAACAUGAGGGCCAAUAUAAGUGCGUGGCAGAAAAUAAGUUAUCUAAGGAUGCGAGAGUCACUACUUUAAUCGUUCAAGACAUACCAAAAAUAUUAUCUCGAAGAUCUAUCAUAUAUCAAGCUUUUGAGGGCGACCCUGUUUUGAAGAUACCAUGCGUCGCCGUUGGAAAACCAAAACCAAACAUCACCUGGAAAAUGGACGGCCGGCCCAUUAAAGCGCCAAAUGCCAAGUUUGAGGUAGAAAAUGGAACACUCAUAAUAAAAUUCCCGAAAGUAGUAGAUACCAAGUCAUAUUCGUGUGUAGCUGCAAAUGAGGCUGGCUCAGAAACCGCAACAUUUAAAACAAUCAUACGAGAAGCUGUUCCCGAGAAGACUACUUCAAGAAGUCACAAGUCCCUUGAUAAAACAUGCAGCUUCAGCUCAAAAGCAAGAGUGAAGACAACGUGGUUUGCAGAACGUCCGAAUGUUGUAUGUGAUGAAAAAUGCAAAAAUAAAAAACCAACGGAAACAACUAUAAAUCAGUGUGAAAAAAAAUGAGGCUAAAAUAAUUUUCAAUACAUAAACAUACUAAACUUAAUUAUAGUGAAUAAUGUAUUAUUUAUAUGAUAAUUAUUGGUAUUAAAUCUUUUUAAUUUAUUAUUAUUAAUUAUUUUUCUCUCAGGGAACUAUUUAAAGAAAUUGAUAUAAUGACUAUAGAAAUUGAUAUACACAAUAUCAACACUAGAAAUUAAAACAAAUAUGUUGUUCCUACUACUAGACUUAAGAAAAUAAGCGAUUCGUAUACGCUUUUACAAUAAAGUUCCCAGCCAUAUUCAAAGUUUAAACCUAAGUAAAUUUAAAAAUGUUAUUAAAGAAAAACUUUGUAGUAAAGCUUUUUAUAAAAUAAAAGACUAUUGGAGGAUAAUCAGGCUUCAUCUCAGGCUGACAUGUUUGUAACAUAUAAUUACAUUUUUUAUACAAUUUGACAUUAACAUAACUUGACAUGUUUUAUAUUUUAUAUUUCCUUUUAAAAUUGUUAGUUUGAGGACCGUUUGAGACUUUUGCGAGUCAUUUUAUUUUUAGUAAAUUAUAUUCUGACAGUUUGAGCAUUUGUGUGGCCUACCCAAAUGUUCUUUUGGUUGGUGUUGUUCGUCGGAUCAUUCAGCAACAGCCGUCAGCUGAGCUGAUUGUAAACUGAUACAUGCGUGCUGCCAUCUGAACAGGUCCGCUCAGACUGCUGUGGUUCUUUCCUCAAAAGACCACUACAGAAUCAACUUGCACGGUUCUCCGACAUCUUUAAUUGAUUUUGUCUGGACUUUAAAAGAUACUAUGACCUCUGAGUUUGUUUCGGCAUUUCUUCUCAGAGUAGUCGGAUAGGAAAUGCCGGCCUCAUCUAGUUAUUUAAGAGAUUGACGUGUAAAAGUGUUAUUUUAUAACCUAUUUGCAAAAUAAAUAUCAUUUA